GCCCCUUCCCUGGCCGCUCUAAAAUGUCGGUGCUGAUUGGUUGGCGAGAGCCUCCUUCUUGUUGGACGCGCUAAAGUUCUUGCGAGGGGAUGACGAGUAGAGUUUCGUUAAUAUUACAAUUUGCUUUAGCUGAGGACAGAAUAAUGCCUGUAUGUGUAAUGUUUUCCUUGCACAAUACAAAGCUGAUAAAGAAAACUUAGUGAUGGAAAAUGCAACCACUCCUGUCCGAGCAGGAGCUGUAAAUGUGCCUUUCGGUCAUGUAAUUGGCAACGAGAAGUGGAAAGGAUCGCAGAUUGUUCAGGGAAUUCAAGGGAAAGUUAAGCUAAUUUUGGAAGAUGGCUUAGGAGUUGUGGACUUUCAUCUUUCAAACAGAACUUGUGUACUUUAUAUUUCUGAAGCUGACCUGGUGGCAGGAAAUGGCUUCAAACGACGACUUGUUCGCUUUAGAAAUGCCAGCAGUCUUCAAGGAAUUGUAAUAGUUGAGAAAACUCCAAUAAGCGAUCAGUAUUUCCCGGCAGUGCAGAAAUUUGUUGUCUUGGAACUUGGAAUGGCAUUACUUCCAGUGGCCAAUCAGGGAGAAGCAGCACAGCUUAUUAUCCAGCUAGUGCAGGAGCAAGCCAAAGAUCGAGCCAGCAAUCCAUUCCUUCAUAAGAAGGGACCUCAGCUCUUGGAGGCUUCUGUAUUCCAGACCGUUCAGCAGAUUCCAGGGGUUGGGAAAACGAAAGCUUUGCUGCUUCUGGAACAAUUUGGAAACAUCCACCAGCUUUGUAACGCAUCCCUUCAAGAGCUUGAGCAGGUAGUUGGAUGUGCAGCAGCACAACAAAUCCAUACAUUCUUUAGGCAAAGUAACUAAUGUCAUCUUGUUGGCAUGAAACAUGAACAUCUUCGGAAGAAACAGUUCACUCUUGUAAAUAAAGCUAUUUAAUAGAUGCCUGAAGGAUAUGUAGCUGGAUUUCGCUUUUCCCAAUAGAAGAUCUUAAUGACAAAUGUAUCUGGACAUGCUGUACCAGAAAUGGACCGUAUCACAGCCCUUCAUGGAUGACACCAAAGUAUAUAUGCACCUUGGGCCAAGAGCAGCCACAUCAUGACAUUCCUUUUGUUUCGUCAUGUUGCUUUCUGUCAUGGGAAUAUUAAAUUUGAAUUUCAGUGAGUUUUCAAUAGGAAUAGCCAAAACUGGUGCCUGUUAAGAGCUCCAACCGUCAGGUCCUAAUGUGAACUGGGUAUAAAUCCUGCUCUUUGUCUGCUUUAGAAUAAAACGCUAUCUGAUCCCCA